CUCAGAUAUGUCUAUUGCUAGGUCAGUUCAUCUUGAAAAAACAAAUAGAAGUACAGGUCCAACUGUUAUUCUUGAAGACAAAAAUAUUCAAUUGUUUGAGGGUUUAAAUUUUAAAAUUAAGCUAAUGACUAUUCCUGGUCAUAGAAAUUUUGCAUGUUUAUUAAUUUUAAGUCUUGAGAAUGAUGAAAAAGAUAUUCCAGUUUCUGAUGGAAUUUGA